GGGAAAAAAAGAGUGGAAGAAGGUAGACCGAUAGAAACGUGGAAACGUGCCUGAGGUGCCGGUCAUUCUUGUGAGCAGACGAAAAGCAACCGUGCCUCAUACCUUGUAACUAUGAGCGGUGACAAAGCGAAGUCCUCCCUUGACCAACUGAAGGAGGUAACAACUGUCGUUGCAGACACCGGGGACUUCGAAGUGUUGAAGGACUACAGGCCUACCGAUUCAACAACCAACCCCUCCCUGAUCCUAGCAGCAUCGAAGCUUCCGCGAUAUGCUCGGCUUGUCGAUGAAGCCGCAGCAUAUGGAAAGAAAACUGGAAGCACACCUGAGGAGCAGUUGGAAAACGCAAUGGACAAGCUCCUCGUGUUGUUUGGCUGUGAAAUCCUUAAAAUUAUUCCAGGGAGGGUUUCUACCGAAGUUGAUGCAAGACUGUCAUUCGAUAAGAAACGGUUAAUCAACAAAGCACUCAGGCUGGUUGAACUCUACAAGGAAGCCGGCAUCGACAAGGAGCGGAUUUUAGUGAAGCUCGCCUCUACGUGGGAAGGACUAAAAGCUGCAGAGGUCUUGGAAAAGGAGCAUGGUGUGCACUGUAACAUGACACUCCUGUUCAACUUCACCCAAGCUGUGGCAUGCGCAGAGGCGGGUGUGACUCUCAUUUCCCCUUUUGUGGGACGUAUCCUCGACUGGUACGUGGCAAACACAGCACAGAAGUCCUUUGAGCCGCUGGAGGACCCUGGUGUCAAGAGAGUCACCAGUAUCUACAACUACUACAAGAAGUUUGACUACCCCACGGUUGUCAUGGGAGCCUCCUUCCGAAAUGUUGGCGAGAUACACGCGUUGGCUGGUUGUGAUCUGCUCACUAUAAGCCCAUCCCUUUUGUCGGAACUCGCAGCAUCUACAAAACCUGUCCAACAGUACCUUUCGAAAGAACAUGCUAAGACACUGGACCUGAAGAAAAUUGAACUAAAUGAAGAAGUGUUCCGCUGGGAGCUGAACGAAGACCAAAUGGCGACAGAGAAGCUUUCGGAUGGAAUACGCAAAUUUGCCGCAGAUGCCGUUAAAUUGGAGGACAUCCUCAAGGAGAAGAUGAAGUAAAAGGCUGUCAUCGUAUGUUUGAUAAGCAAUGUUGCAUUUGCUUGAACACCUUUUGUGCCUUGUUUUCAGCAAGACCAUGUGAACACAUCUCGUUAUUUAUAUGGUUUCUGUAGGUCAUUAGUACCAGAGGCACUGACUAUGUACUUCAAAAGUAUUUACCAGCUCAGUAUAACAAAGUGAUGUAAUAAAGUCCAAUCUGUGUCACAGCACUGUAUGGCAAUUAAUUUCGCACCAAAAGUUGAGCAUAACUGCGACUAGGUUCGAAAAAUUUGGAUGCACAAUUCACACUGAUAUGAUGGCAGUCACAUUGAAAAAAAAAAAGAAAACUGCCCUUCAUUCGUUUUGAGUGUGGCUGCCCUAGCUUUGUUUUAGCUGGUUGAGGGAAACUGAUAGGUAUUGCAAAAGUUUGUGUACUCUGUGGAUUUCUUAAUUUGUAAGCAAAUACAGUAAAAUUAACAGCCACUACAUUUUGCAAAUUUUAUAUACAAAAAUUGUGACAAGCGUAUAGUGUGUCUGUACCAGAUUUCACAAAAGCAACGCUACGUCCAGUUGAAAUGCUUACUAGUAACCUGUGCAACAAAUUGUCAAAAUAAAGGUCACGAUUUAAACAUA